UGACUCAUCAAAGCUCAUGGUCUUUUGUAACGAUCUUCCCUACCCGUACCCAAUUUUUUUUGGACCGUAUUUUCUUUUUGCAGUUUCACACAACAUCUUGGCGACCUGAAUGAACUCUUAUGUUUGUACUACCUAAACCUAUGUGUAUGUACUCAAUUCCGUUUUUCAGUAGCUAUUUCGUAAGUGCCACGACAGAAGCAAGUAUGAUGUUGGACCUUUUUUACUGAUUUGUUUCGCCCCAAUAUAGAAAGAAAGCAUCCGACCGAAAAAUGGCACGGAGUCGAUCAAGAUCACGCAAGCGGGACCGCGACCGUGGUGGCGACCGCGACCGGGGCGGCGACCGCGACCGAGGUGGCGAGCGCGAGCGUGGUGGUGAUCGCGAGCGUGGUGGUGAUCGCGAACGCGAGGGUGAGCGAGAGCGCGACCGCGAAAGGCGCGACCGGGAGCGAGACCGCGAAAAGCGCAGCCGGAGUCGAAAGCGGGAUCGUGAACGCGAGCGGGAGCGGCGGAAGGCGGAGAAAGAGAAGGAUCCGGAAAAAACGCUGUGGGAUCACGUUGGGAAGGAGUUGUUCCAGGGCAGAGACGCUGCCGCGAACUCCGACAUACCCCAGCUCACCGAAAAUGAGUUGCUGCAGCGGACGCUCUUGAUCGAAAAAGUUCCGCGCGAUGUGACCAACCAAGACUUGAUGGACUUCUUUAACGGAGCUGUGUUGGCCAUGACAGGUAAGAGCUUUGUAGCUGAAUGUUGCUGAGUCAUUUUUUUCUGCAUAAAUUGGCCUUGGUUGCUGCUGGCAGCAUCAGCACACACGGUUGACGACAGUGACGAGGAAUAGAAAUUCACUCCGAACGGACGACGGAAACAAAUACAAGUCCACUUAAUUUCAAAUCCACCAGGCAACCCCACCGAGAUGGCGACCGCGAAAAUGAAGCCGGUGUUCGCGAUCGGAGAUAUCAAGAAUGGCGGGAAAAAGAUCCUGUUCCGCAGUUACAAAGGCACCUUAGUUGGGAUGCAGCUGGAGGGGAUCGAGUACAAACGGGUGGAGCUAAAGAUGACGCGGCCCGACGGGUUUUUUGAAAUGUACAAGGACCACGAGCCGCCGCAGUACGAUGUGAGCCUGAUCACGUUGGCCGACAUUCUCGGCAUGGGGGACAAGCAGGAGGAGAAAACCGAAGCGCAGAUGAUGGACCUGAUUGCGCGGACGAGUGGAAAAUUGGCAAUCUCGCAGAUUCCGACGGUGAUGGACGAGCGGGCUUGUCGGGAGCUGCUGUCCCAGUUUGGCGGGUUGAAAAUGUUGAACCUGAUCACCGACAAGAAGGGAAAACAGCGAGGCUACGGCUUUUUCGAGUACGACAACGACCAGCACGCGGAACUCGCACGAAUCUGUUUGAACGGGUAAGCUUUUUUUACUUGCUUUGUGGAGGUGCGUCGUUCUUGAGGAUGGUUCAGGCUCUCUUUUCAUGAAUACAGUACUAUGCGUGUGUGGGUUUGCGAUUGCGGCAACCAUGCUCAACAUCGGGAAUGAAUGCGCAAUAAAAAGAAAUCAUCUCAAAAACACUUUUUACAGUUUCGUCGUCGGCGACCGCGUGUUGAAAGUGACGCGUCUUCACGAGGCAGCGAAAAAAGCCGGCGAUGUCGCCUUAACCGCCACCAAGGUGGUGAAGGAGGUGAAAAAGGUGGAAAUUCCGAAGCAGAAAAUGGUGUCCGAGAAGAUCCUUAGCAACCCCGUUAUCGCCGUGCAGGUGCGCGAUGGUUUGGACUGUGGGCGUCGGCCCUCCGAGGUGGUGCAAUUGCUGAACGCCGUCUACGAGCCGGAUCUGAUGGACCCGCAGGAGGCCGAGGACAUCCGAAUCACGGUCUUGGAGGAAGCGGAAAAAUUCGGCGAGAUCGAGGAGGUGAAGAUCCCGCUGCCCAGUAAAAUCGGCGCUCUGAUCGAAGGUGUGGGGAAGAUCUUUGUGCACUUUAAGGAUUUGAUCUGUGCGCGGAAGUUUCAAGCGGAGAUCAACGGGCGCAAGUUCGAUACUCGCAUCGUCUGCGCGUCGUUCUACCCCCGGAGGCGCUUCGAGGCAGGCCAAUACAUUCUGACGGAAACAGUCGGUGCGUCCGAGGACAUCACCAAAGUGGCGCGCGAAGUCAAGCAACAAGCGCAGCGGGACAAACAAAAGCGGCUGGAAGCGGAAGAGCGGAUGGUGGAGCGCGCGCGGGCGGAGUUGGCGCAGAAUAAACCCAGGAGAAGGGACCGGGAGCGGGAUAGGGAUAGGGACUACGAUGAGAUUCGUUGAAGAAAAGGUUUUUUGGGAACAAGUGAACGAAUCAUUUUUGGAAAGGAAAGGUAUACUCGGAUUGACGAGGGCAUAGUACCCAGUAUGUCUUGUAGUUCUACCUCCACCUUCAAAUGCCUCAUGCCUCGUGCUUCCCAGUGUCACCUUCUGAUAAAGACCCCAGCGAAUUAUUGGACGAUAAAAUUUGAGUUUGACUGGCUCUGACGCGACAAAAAGAUUAUCUGCAGUGACGUUCAAACAU